AUGGUGGCCGGGCUGGAUCUGGCCCUGGCCAUUCGCCCAGUCCAGGACCAGAGCCGUGGCAACGUCCUGGUGCAAGCGAAGGGCAUCCACUUCCUCACGGCCUGUGACGCGGUGGCCGAGGCGGGGCAGGUGAUCGCCUCCUACCUCGCCCAAUCCCCUGCCAAUGACGGGUCUGGCGACCUCCCGCCCCACGGCGCCGCCGGCCGCCUGGCGGUGCUGGGCGAGCGGUACACUGUGACGUACCGCCUGGUCCACGGCGUCCUCCUGGCCCUGGUCACCCUGCCCUCCGCCUCCGCCUUCCUGUGCCUCGAAGCGCUCGACGCCGUGCACCGCGUGGUGGCGGGCCUCCUCCGCGGCUCCGCGCUCACCCCCGCCAAGGUGGCGGUGCGCUUCCCUGAGAUCUAUGCCGCGCUGGACGACCUACUAAGCCUGGGCCUGGACCGGCUCCCGCCCGGCUUCCGCCACGCGCCCCUGGACGACCGCGUCCGGCUGUCCAUGCCCGUGUCCACCACCGACGCCAAGCGCCAGUUCCGGCGCCUGGUCAAGGGCGCGCGGGGUGGGGGAGCGAGCGAGGCGGGGAGCGUCGCCGGGGACGAGGCCACGCACGCGGCGGAGGAGGCCGCCGCAGCAGCAGCAGAGCUCAACGGCCGGACUUCACCCCUGGAGGGCCAGCCCGUCGGGGCCCCGCCCCCGGCCUUCGAGGGGGCCGUGCCCGAUGCGCCGCCGCCAGCGGCGGGGCCCGAGCCUGCACCCGCCGCCGCCGCAGAAGACGAGUGGGCCAUGUUUGGUGCCGAGGAUGGCAGCGGGCGGCCGGUCACAGGGGACCUGGGGACCGAGAACGAAAAGAAGGCCGAGGCCGAGGCCGCGCCGGUCGCACCCACCGCGUCUGACGAGGGCGGCGUCGGCGCGCACCCAUCGUGGCGCGCGGCCUUCGCCCGCACGCCGGUGGACUGCCGGUACCUGCGGUACCGGCUGCCGGCCGUGGCCACGCCGCCGCCGCUGGAGGCCGACCUGCGCCUGCUGCCCGGCGCGCCCGGCACCGCGCUGUGCGUGCUGCGCUACGUCGCCUCCCCGCACCUCCCGCCGCCGGGCCUGCUGGACCUGGUCGCCGACGCGAGGCUGGCGCUGCCCGUCCUCGCCCCGGGCGAGGCGGGCGUGCUCAGCCUGGCGCUGGAGCUCGCGCCGGGGUCUGCGGAGGCCCUGGCCCCGCCCGCCGCCAGUCUCACCUUCACCGGGCCGCCGGGGGGCACACUGUCCGGCACCCGCCUCCUCGUGGGGCUGGAGCGGACUGAGGAGCGCGCCGGCGCCCCGGGCAAGUGCUUCUUCUUCGGCAAGCUGGAGGUGCGGCCGUGA